GCAAAUGACAGACUAUUACAUAAAUAGGACAAUAUUCAUAAUGUCGCAAUACGUGAACAUCUGACGAUCAGUCGGAGGCGGAACUCUUCAUAGGUCUACAGAGGCGCCAUGUUCCCGUCAAUAUUUGUCAUUGUAAUAUCUCUGUUGAACGCUUCUACCUGCGCCCCAAGCGCUGCAGUCAAUAGGAAUGACCCAGGUGGUCAUCGCUGUUACUCCUGUGCAAGUGUGAACAAACCGUAUCAGUGUAACGUGACCACACAUUGCAGACCUGAUGAGCAAUGUUACACAGAUGAAUAUUCAACAAAUCAUGGAACGAGUAUUUUCAGCGUCGGGUGUCGAAGGAUUUCAGAAUGUUACGCAGAGAUCGUCAGAAGAUCAAACUUCAGCGGACGACUCAAGUGUGAGGAGUGUUGCCAUGGCAACCUUUGUAACAGCCGCGGCUGCAGUGCAGGUCCUGCCAAAGGCGACGUGUGCUACAGCUGUCGCUUUAUAGAUGACCCACGACAUUGCGAAAAUGAGACCAGAUGUCUGGCUGAUGAGCACUGUUAUAUCGAGAAGGUGUUGACUCAAAACUUUUAUAUCAAGUAUAGUCUUGGGUGCGUUGAUAGAGCGGAAUGUGAGACUCUACGCCAAUUUGGAAUGUCGAUAGGGAAGCGGGAUACGGCGAUCUCAACCAUGUAUGCUAGCUGCUGUAAUGGUGAUAAAUGCAACGAUGUAUGGUUUGCCAAAGGUAUCACAAGUGAUACACCAAGAACAUCUUUAGCAACCCCCAAGCAUCACCCAACCACCCAGAGUUCAUAUGUAACUACCAGUUCUUCGAUGACUAAAGAUACUAAUGUCGUUGAUGCAACAAAUGGGAUGUCAUCUACAAGUCCUUCAAAGACUAAAGAUACAACUGUCGUUGAUGCAACAAGUGGGAUGUCAUCUACAAGUCCUUCAAAGACUAAACAUACAACCGUCGUUCAUACAACAAGUGGGAUGUCAUGUACAAGUCCUUUAAAGACUGAAGAUACAACUAUCGUUGAUACAACAAGCGGGGCACCAACUACAAGUCCUUCAAAGACUAAAGAUACAACCGUCGUUGAUAGAACAAGUGGUAUGUCAUCUACAAUUCCUUCAAUGACUAAAGAUACAACUGUCGUUCAUACAACAAUUGGAAUGCCAUCCUCAAGUCCUUCAAAGAAUAAGGAUGCAACCUUCGUUGAUACAACAAGCUUGGUAUCAUCUACGAGUCCUUCAAAAACUAAACACACAACUAUCGUUGAUACAACAAGCGGAGCGCCAUCUACAGGUCCUUCAGUAAAUAAGGAUACAACCGUCGUUGAAACAAGUGAGAUAUCAUCUACGAGUCUUUCAAAGUCUAAAGAUACAACUGUCGUUCAUACAAGUGGAGCGCCAUCUACAAGUCCUUCAAAGACUGACGACACAACCGUCUUUCAUACAACAAGAGGGACAAACUAUAGUCUCAUUCCUAAAUCCAGUCUUUAUACAUUUAGUACCAUGGGAUAUACAGUAACAAUAUCGCCAUCGACAAGCACCACACCAUCAAAGUCGACCCAUGAUAGUCAUCAUCCCGGUCUACUCUGUGCUCGCUGUGACAGAGUCACAGACCCACUCGACUGUACAUACACUACCAUAUGUGAAAAGGAUGAGGCGUGUCACACUGCUCAUUUUGUAACCUCGCAAGGGAAUCUGUUUUAUAAACUGGGAUGUAAGGCUAAACAGGAAUGCCAAGCUCUUCAUGUUGGUCGUAGACAAAACGGAGAUACCGUGUUUGACGAAAGAUGUUGCACAAUACACCCCGAGUGUAACCGAGAUAUAUUCAAAACAUCCAAGGAUCUGUCCUGUGGUUCCUGUAAGGCUGUGACCAGUCCUUCCGACUGCGAGAAGGUGACCACAUGUCGUUCUAACGAGGUGUGUGAACGUACUGUGUACUUAUCUGAUCAGUUCUUUCUUCGAUACACACUGCAGUGUAUACAAAGAGCCUAUUGUGGAGGCCACGUGCUGCACAGAACUUUAUCUGACGAUGAAUACACAGAUCUGUGUUGCGAUACCAACUACUGUAAUAUGGCCGUGAACAAGAAAUAACCAAUAUGAGGUAGCGACCUUGGGAUCAUGUCCUACUCUCAUAUGUGUUCCAAAACUGAAACCAACGAGCAAAUCGAAAUCAGCCUUGGCUCAUGUGUAUGAUACAGGUGUGUUUCAAACGUAGAUUUCCUUAGGGCCCAAAACUGGAAUGUGUCUAUGACAGAUGAAAGUAAAUGUAUGUGUUUGAAUUCCAAAGGGACACAUACGAACUACAUGUAUGUUUAUUUAUUGGGUGCUUUUUUGCCAUGUCAAAAACCACGUUGAACGAAUUUGAUUGUUUAUAACAUAUAUUUGGGAUACAUGGAAACCAACGACGACAACAAUGAUGAAGCGUAAAGGAUUCUUUGAUUGCAUUUCUUGGAACCAAGUGUAACCUUUGCAAUAAAUUCAUAUCUCUGGUCCGUUU